CGCUGCUGGAGGGGCCGGGGCUGCGGCCGCUCCCCCGUGCACGGCUGUCUUGCGGUUGGAGCCGCCCGGGCGGAUGGAGGCAGCUCGGCCCGCCUGAGCUCGGGGACCAGCCGCAGCUCGGGACCCCGACACCUGCACCAGUUGCAGUUGCACCAGUUGCACCAGCUGCACCAGUUGCACCAGCACCAGUUGCACCAGCAGCAGCCGGCCGCCGGGACCACCCCCCAGCAUGGUUGACUAUAUUGUGGAGUAUGACUAUGAUGCUGUGCAUGAUGAUGAACUAACGAUUCGAGUUGGGGAAAUCCUCAGAAAUGUGAAAAAACUAGAAGAGGAAGGAUGGCUAGAAGGAGAACUAAAUGGGAAAAGAGGCAUGUUUCCUGAUAAUUUUGUUAAGGAAAUUAAAAGAGAAGCCGAGUCCAAGGAUGAAAAUGUCCCUCUCAGGAGAGAAAGACAGGGGAAUGUGGCAAGUCUUGUUCAGCGUAUGAGCACCUAUGGGCUUCCAGCAGGAGGAUUUCAACCACACCCUCAAACCAAGGGCUUCAAAAAGAAGUCAAAGAAGCGGCAGUGUAAAGUUCUUUACCAGUACCUUCCGCAGAAUGAGGAUGAAUUGGAACUCAAAGUGGGAGAUAUUAUUGAAAUAAAUGAAGAGGUAGAAGAAGGCUGGUGGAAUGGGACCCUGAACAGCAAGACUGGUCUCUUUCCUUCCAAUUUUGUUAAAGAAUUAGAAGUAAUAGAUGAUGGAGAAACCCCAGAAACUCAGGAGGAUCCAGAAAGCGUGUUUAUUGGCCCAGCCUCACCUUUAGCCUCUUCAGGGAACGGGAGUGAUCUUCCGGCAGCACCAAUCACACAGCCAAAGAAAAUUCGAGGAGUUGGGUUUGGCGACAUUUUUAAAGAGGGUUCAGUGAAACUUAAGUCAAGGAUACCCAGUAAUGAAUCAGAAGAGAAGAAGCCAGAUAAGCCGCUACAUCCUCAUCCAUUGGCAACCAAAUCAACACAGUCGCAAGUUGCAGAAAUAGCAAAAGCCGAAACUGACAGUAAACCCAAAGCUAAGGAAUAUUGCAGAACAUUAUUUCCCUAUGAAAGUACAAAUGAAGAUGAACUUAGUUUUAAAGAGGGCGAAAUCAUCCACCUAAUUAGCAAGGACACUGGAGAACUAGGAUGGUGGAAAGGAGAACUUAACGGUAAAGAAGGAGUGUUCCCAGACAACUUCGCUGCUCAGAUAAAUGAACAGGAUAAGGACUUUCCAAAACCAAAGAAGCCACCACCUCCUGCCAAGAGCUCAGCUCCAAAACCUGAACCACCAAUUGCAGAGAAAAAAUAUCUUCCUUCCAGGCCAGAAGAAAAAGACCGAAAAGACCAUCUGUGGGAGCAGAAGCCUUUGAAACCAGCUGCUCCUCAGGUACCACCCAAGAAACCCAUUCCUCUCAACAAAGCCAAUAAUUUGAGAUCUGUGGGGAUAAUGCCCCAAGGUGGCCCAGAAAAACCAGUUCCACCUCCCCCGUUUUCCAAGGUGAACGGAGAAGUUUCCGCCAUUCGGCCAAAGUCUGAAUUUGAGCCAUUAUUGAAACCAAAGUUAGAGUCUGAACAGUUACCACUUAGACCAAAAUCAGUAGAGCUAGAUUCACUUGCAAUAAGGCACUCUAAAGAAAUAGAUGCUGUAAAUUUUGAUGAAAUAGGCUCCUCAGAAAACUUAGUCCAUCUUACUGCAGAUAGACCGAAGAUGCCUCGGAGAAGAUUGCCCAUUCGCUUCAACGGCAGUAAUUCUCCAACUCAAAGUCCAGAAAAAAAUGUGAAACUGCAGAAGGAGGAGGUAGAAAGUGCCAAACCAAAGCCACUGGAAGGCAAAAAGCAUUCAGAUUCUGCAACCGCUUCUCCUCCCAGCCGUCUCACAUCAGGUACCGUUGGUCACACAAAGACACAGGAGAGUGUGGAUGGCUCAGCACAACUCAUCCCCACUACUGGAAAAACAAACCAAGCCCAUGGCCUACAAACGCCAGCUGUGGUUUCCUCAUCACCUUCAUCUCCAUCUCCAAGACCAAAUUCGGCUGUUUUCCUUAGUCCUGUAGAAGUGAAACCUAAAGAAGAAACAGAUGAUGGAAAGAAAUAUUCUGUGGAAGAUCUAAGAAUUCAGAUUCUUGAGUUGCGGACUAUGGUAGAGGGCCUGAGAAAGAGUCACGAGAAAGAACUGGAAAAGCUAAGAAAAGAUUUGGAAAAUGAAAAAGAUUUGCGGAUCUCCCUUCAGGUGGAAAUUGACCUUCUGAAAAAGAGAGUCCUGACUACAUGAGGUGUCUUAGACUCAAUGUCUUAAACUUGCCAGAAAUUUCAAGAAAACAAUAUGAUCAUGAAACUGACUUACUAUGGAAUGAUAAAUGCUGGUGUGCUUUGAUGAAAAAGAAAACAAGUAUGGGAUAAUACAUUUCAGAAGAGGGAUAAAGAAAUUAGAUGAUUUUUUUUUUUUUUUGCCAAUAUAAAAGAGGCCUUAUUUCUUACUGUGCUGGAAUUGCAAACCAUCAUUUUCUGGUUUGCUUGAAAAUACUACUGAAUCUGUAUAAAAAGGAGAGGAAAUUCAUAAUAGAUUUUUAAUGAAUACUUAGUGUAAUUUUUAAAGAAAUCUAUAAGAUAAAUAGGUUGAUGUAGCUUUACAAAUCACAUGUAAAAUGGACUAUUUGAGCGGGAUGAAUUAGCCAAAUAACCAUCUAUAGUCACUACAUUUCCCACAGUUCAAAAGGGAAUAUAUUAUAUUUAUAUAUAUAUAUAUAUAUUUUUCUUUUUAGCUUUAUUAUCCCAGAUUAUUUGUUUUUUCCUGUAUGUCGGCAGUGCAAGUAUUAAUAUGCUGUUCAUAGUCUGGGUGACAAAAUAGGAAUUUUUUAGCAUUAUACAAUCUGAAUCACUUGUACAUAGCAGUGAUAAGUCAUGGUGGAGAAUCAAAAUAAUUUCUAUCCCCAAAAACAUUUCACAUCACUUGAACUAUAGGAUUCAUAAAAGGAUGAAUUAUUAAAAUUUUGGACCAUUAAAAAGUAAGGCUUUGUUGAAUCUACAGAAGCUAUGAUAACUAGAAAUAAGGCCAGAAAGCUCUUCUUAACCCAGUAGGCCCAGAAACUGCAAGACAUUUUAAUAAAUAAAAUCAGUCUUAUUUCAAUAUUUCUGACUUUUUUUGUAGAUUUAGAUACUAUCCACCCCACAGUCUUCUGUUUUACUUAUCCCUUCCACUUUUUUUUUUUUUACACCAAGGUGGAAUUUUUUAAAUCUCUGAGACUUUCAGAGUCAUCACCUUAUUCUAUGCACACUGAAACCAUUUUUGAAGUCUGGCCCCUUGACCCAAAAUACUUAAGGCUCUCAAAGUUACUUGAGACUGUCAUGUAGAUAGUACUUUGUUCAGAGUGUGAGAUCAUAAUUUCUCAUUGGUUUAAAUCCAAAUGUAGUUUGUUCCCAAGUGCACUUUUCACAUAAUGGUCAAUAUUUUUCUUAAAUUAUGAAAUGCUGUCAGUCUUAAGUUCAGACCUUAGGAUCUGUUUGUAGUGUGGACCUAUGUAUUGGCCAUUACCUACAUUUCUCUUUGCUGUUACCAGUGUUUCACAAGCAGAAGCAGUCAAGAUUAAGGCAAUAUUGGAGACGAGUGACAUAACAAAUGUCCAGUUUAAGAACAUCAGUGGAUAUGUUUCUCAGGCAUCGGCUAUCAUUGAGCUUUUCCAUUUUUGGUUUUUCACUGUCUUCCCUAAGCCUUAAACUGUACUGCACGCUGUUCCACUUGUUGGCAAAGAAUUUUCUUCAGUGUCCUGUUCCAGUCUUCAGAAACCUUUACAGGUGUUUGAAGUAGAGGAGUUUGAAUGGAAAUCAGGAAAUAAGGAAGCACUAUUAAAAUCAGUGCUUUAGGGAAAGCCUGGAGAGGACAUUAGGUUAAGUACAUUUUGCCUCUUUUAAAAGAAGUCUUGGGCUGUAAUUUCUGCUGGAGGUAUUUAGGGAUCUCAUUUCCUAGUGCUUCUCAGCUUUUGAGGGGAAAUGAGCAAUUAUCUAAAAAUCACAUGGACUUUAAAAGAAGGACAUGCUUAAGUGAAGGAAAUUCACUCCCAGAUUCAGCUAACACAGAAGUGCAUUUAUCUACAUGCACACUGGAAAUUAUCUUUCAGUUUCCUCACCGAAGGGGUAAUAAAUGUAUUCCCUGCAUUCCUUAGGAGAAACUGAGAAAGGGCAGACUGGUCUCCAGGUGAGUUGAUGUUGCUAUUUUCUUGUCAAAUUUGCCUAACACAAGAUGCACUUGCAUUUUGAAAAUAAAUGUCCCAGGCAGCUCAAAUCUCUAAGGUGGGCAUUGCAGAAAAGAAAAAUCAGAGGAAUUUUUCAGUAGGACAUAAAGGAAAAGGGAAAAAUUCACCUCAUGCUUACCUUAAAUUGGGCAGGCUCCCAGCCUAACAUAAGUCAAAAAUUUCAGGGCAAAAUUCAGUGUUACCUUCAUUUUGCCCUGUUUAACAAGUUGUGGUUUUAAUAUUUACAGAAUGUUCAUACACUUGUCCAUUCAUGAGCCCUCAUACUAUACUGUGUAUAGUAAUGGGAAUUUGUUCCUUCAGAAAAAACCCUCAUGAAAUACAUGUUUAAGAACUCAUGGUGACAUAUCAGAUAAAACAAUAGCUAUAGUUAAUUAUUGAAAUGUUUCAUGAUUGAUAAUAUAAUGCAGAUUUGUUUUAUUUUUUGGAAACAUCACUGAUAAGCUAAUUGUCUCAAUAUUUUAAAUGUAUCAAAAGUUAAAACUGGGCCCAGAUUUUUAUUUUUUACAAUUAUUUUUGCCACCAUAGAACAUCUGACACUAAUAGUUUUAUUCUGAGCACUGUUCCCUUGUAAAGUUUUCAAGAUUUGCACUGUGAUGCAAAUAGAGGAAUAGGACUGACAAGUAGAGAAUUCUCUAUUUUGUACGUUUCUCACUGUGAUCCCGACUUAAGUGCUGUAUAGAAUUUUCUAUAAGGAUUUGGUCUGCUUUUAUGUUUAUAAUGGAUUACCAGAACAAGACAAUCAGUCAAAUCAGAAAGGAAAGUUGGUAUAAUUAUUUAAUGGCCUUGUUUUGCUGUAGCAAUAAAAUGACCAAGUGCAAUGGAUUGAUUUAAUAAAAUCAUCUUUAAAAUUUGCUGCUAUGGGUAUUUUUAGCCAUAAAAUAUUGGCCUUAAUAAAUUCAUGUUGGUCUUGUCUUUGAUUACUAUUGCAUAAUUCACUCGAUGUUUUAUCAACAUUCCAAAAAGCGCAAGAGUUUCCCGGUUGGUUUGUUAACAGGUGCUGUAAGAAUCUGUGGCCCGAAAAAUCAAAUAAAGAGAAAUAAUAUUGCCGGUG